AUGAUCGACAGCGGCCCGCUCGAACUGGGGAUGCGCCUGAUUGGUCCGCUCGUUUACGGUGGGGUUCUUUACGAGCAGAGCAUGGGGAUAUAUAAAAGUGCAGCAUCUGGUAUGUCGAUUCUAGUUCACUACAUUGAUUUGCAAGGUGCGGUUUCUAUUGUGUUCAUCAUGGGUGGUCGCAACGAUCCGAAGAACGGAUGGUGGAUAGGCCCGCCAGGAAAUCAAGUUCUGCCCAGUCCUCAGCGGAUUGCGAGCUACGCCCUCUCGCCGAACAGGCAGCGGCCGAUGGCUGGCUGGCUACACGCAGCCAUCUUCAACACCUUCCGUCGAUUCAGACAUCAAGUCUUAUACGUGGUGCCUCCGUUUAUCAUUGCCUUUGCGGUCAUGAAUUGGGCGAACGAAAAGUAA